CUGUGCGCAGGAAGCCGCGGAGUUGAGCUUUCGGAGCGCUGCUGAUUCCGCUGACAUCUCGGCCGGGAAUGUAAAUGACUGCACCUCUUGUUUCCUCCGUGACAUCUUUCAAAGAAUUUUUGCAAAGGCACAAAUCACGUUGAGGAUUGUUUGAACGAAGCUGGAGGCAAACAAAGUUGAAGAACAUGUUGUAAAAACAAGAGCCAAAAAGGAAGAAAAGCAGGAAACCUGCAGUUCUAGAAAGGCUUGGAAGUGGACACCUGAAAAAGGAAGGCUCCAAAGCCUCUCUUCACAUAACAGCCAUGCCUUCAACUCUCACCUACACCAUUCUCCUCCUGGUCUUCCUGCUGUCCAAGACCUCCUCCUCUUCUUCUCCUCCCUCUUCACCUUUCCUUUCUUUCUCACCACCAGAAGGAGGGCUCACGCAUUUGGUGGUUCACAAUAAGUCAGGUGAGAUUUACCUGGGUGCUGUCAACUGGAUCUACAAGUUGUCGAGCAAUCUCACCAAGCUACGAAGCCAUGUUACUGGUCCUGUGACAGAUAAUCCUCGUUGUUACCCUCCGCCCGGCGUCCAGUCGUGCCCUCAUGAGCUAGUGCAGACUCCCAAUAUCAAUAAACUUUUGCUGCUUGAUGAUGCCCAUAACCGUUUAAUUGCCUGCGGAAGUACUUUCCAGGGAAUUUGUCAGUUCCUUCGUCUGGAUGAUUUGUUCAAACUCGGUGAGCCCCAUCACCGUAAGGAGCACUAUCUGUCCAGUGUUGCUGAGUCAUGUACCAUGUCUGGGGUAGUGAUCCCCCCAGAUGCUUUCGGCGGGGGAGGGAAGCUUUUCCUCGGCACCCCCAUUGAUGGAAAGUCGGAGUACUUUCCAACUUUGUCGAGCCGUAAAUUAACAUCCAACGAGGAGAAUGCCGACAUGUUCAGCUUUGUCUACCAGGAUGAAUUUGUAUCCUCGCAGCUGAAGAUUCCAUCAGACACGCUAUCCAAAUUCCCAGCGUUUGACAUCUACUACAUUUACGGCUUUAACAGUGAGCAGUUUGUCUAUUAUCUAACUUUACAGCUCGAUACCAAACUCACUUCACCCGAUGCGGGCAGUGAGCAGUUUUUCACCUCGAAGAUUGUACGGCUUUGUGUGGACGAUCCCAAAUUCUACUCCUACAUUGAGUUCCCUAUUGGCUGCACCAAGGAUGGAGUGGAGUAUCGCUUGAUCCAGGAUGCUUAUUUGGCUCGACCGGGGUCCCGUUUGGCUCAAUCGCUUGGUAUUCAAGAGCAUGAAGAAGUUCUUUUUGCUAUAUUUGCCCAAGGCCAGAAGAACAGAGCCAAGCCACCCAAGGAGACUGCUUUGUGUCUGUUCACAAUGAGACAGAUAAAAGAGAAGAUUAAAAUGAGGAUUCAGUCGUGCUACAGUGGAAUUGGGAUACUCUCCCUGCCUUGGUUGCUCAACAAGGAGCUGUCCUGCAUCAACUCGCCUUUGCAGAUUGACGAUAAUUUCUGCGGACUUGACUUCAACCAGCCUCUGGGGGAUACCACUACCAUCGAGGGGGUGCCGCUAUAUGUGGAUAAGGAUGAUGGCAUGACCUCAGUGGCGGCUUAUGACUACCGCGGAAACACCGUGUCGUUCAUGGGCACUCGUAGCGGGCAUUUGAAAAAGAUCCUUGUCAACUCUGUUACCCAGCCUCCUUUGCUGUAUGAAAACGUCCUUGUGAACAACGGCAGUCCUAUCCUGAAAGAUUUGCUCUUCAGCCCAGAUCACCAAUACUUGUACACUCUCACUGAUCAACAGGUUACACGAGUACCAGUGGAAAGCUGUGAGCAGUACACAUCCUGCAGUGCUUGUCUGGGAUCAGGGGACCCACACUGUGGCUGGUGUGUGCUUCACAACAUAUGUUCAAGAAAGGAUCACUGCGAGCGUGCGGAGGAACCUCAGCGUUUCACCACUAGAGUGGAUCAGUGCGUUCGACUCUCUGUCCAACCUGACACCGUCUCGGUCACCAUGUCAGAAGUGCAGUUAUCUCUUCAGACCCAGAAUGUGCCCAGUCUGUCUGCUGGAGUAAACUGCUCUUUUGGAGACUACGUCGAAACAGAAGGACGCAUCUAUAGUGGUCGGAUCUUUUGCUUGUCCCCCUCAGCAAAAGAGGUGGCUCCCAUCACGCAAAACCAAGGUGACCGCCGUGUAAUAAAACUGUAUCUGAGGUCAAAGGAGACUGGGAAGACAUUUGCCAACGUUGACUUUGUCUUCUACAACUGCAGUGUCCACCGAUCGUGUCUUUCCUGCGUGGAUGGAAAAUUCCCUUGUCACUGGUGCAAAUAUCGCCACAUGUGCACGCAGGAUGCCAGUGACUGCUCCUUCCAGGAGGGACGUGUCAACACUUCACAGGAGUGUCCUCAAAUCCUGCCCUCCACUCAGAUCUAUAUCCCUGCUGGAGUUAUGAGGCCAAUCACGCUCCUGGCACAGAACCUGCCCCAGCCACAGUCUGGACAGAGGAACUACGAGUGUAUUUUUCACAUUCAAGGCAACACGCUCAGUGUCCCGGCCCUGAGGUUCAACAGCACAAGCAUCCAGUGUCAGAAGAGCACAUAUGACUACGAGGGCAGUGACAUCAGUGACCUCCCAGUUGAACUUUCCGUGCUGUGGAAUGGAAAUUUUGUCAUCGACAAUCCCUUCAACAUCCAAGCUCACCUGUAUAAGUGCAGGGCACUACGUGACAGCUGUGGCAUGUGUCUGAAGGCAGACCCACGGUUCGAGUGUGGGUGGUGUGUCCUGGACAAGAAGUGCUCCCUCAGGCAGGAAUGUACUAUUGGUGGGAGUUCCCACCUACCGCUUCAGUUGACUGACGGGGGAGGCUGGAUGCAUGCUGCUUCUGGAAACAGUAGAUGUAUCCACCCCAAAAUCACAAAGUUGUUUCCAGACACAGGACCCCGCCAAGGGGGAACGCGGGUCACCAUCUUGGGAGAAAACCUGGGUUUGCACUUCAGAGACAUCAAGACGGGCGUCAGGUUAGGCAAGGUGCCCUGUGUCCCCAUCGAGACAGAGUACCUGAGUGCCGAAAGAAUAGUGUGUCUGCUGAAUGAUGCUACAGGAUACAGAGUACAAGAAGCUCAGGUGGAGGUGUGUGUGAGAGACUGCAUUAAUGACUACAGGGCCCUCUCCCCCAGGCCAUUCACUUUUGUGACGCCAUUUUUCACUGGCAUCCAGCCUUCUCAGGGUCCAAUUUCUGGGGGCACCCGUGUCACUAUAGAGGGAAGCUACCUCAAUGCAGGCAGUUCUGUGUCUGUCAGCAUUGGUCCGCAACCCUGCCAUUUUAAAAAGAGGAAUGCCCAUGAGAUAGUGUGCAUAACGCCAGCUGGCCUGUUUCCAGGAAGUACACCUGUCUUGGUGGACAUAGAUGCCGCCGAGCUCAGAAACCCGGAGGUCAAGUUUAAUUAUACUGAAGACCCCACUGUGCUGAGGAUUGAACCGGACUGGAGCAUUGCCAGUGGUGGAACUCUACUGACAGUGACUGGGACUAACCUGGCAACCAUCAAGGAGCCAAAGAUCAGGGCCAAAUAUGGGCAGGCAGAGUCUUUCCACAACUGUACAGUAUACAACAACUCAAUCAUGGUCUGCCUCGCUCCAUCUGUGGCAGACUCCGAGCUGGGCUUUUCUGAAACCGGCACUGGUCCUGAUGAGAUCGGGUUUUACAUGGACAAUGUGAACUCUUUGCUGGUGGUCAAUGAGACAUUCAGCUACUACCCCGAUCCUGUCUUUGAACCGCUGAGCUCAUCGGGGAUAAUGGAGCUCAAACCCACAUCUCCAUUGAUACUUAAGGGUCGUAACCUGAUCCCAGCAGCCCCAGGCAAUAGUCGUCUGAAUUACACGGUGUUCAUCGGUGAAACUCCAUGCGUCCUCACUCUGUCUGAGAGCCAAUUGCUGUGCGAGUGGCCCAACCUCACAGGACAACACAAAGUCACGAUCCGAGCCGGCGGGUUCGAGUACUCCCCGGGUACUCUUCACAUAUACUCGGAUAGCUUGUUGACACUGCCUGCCAUUAUCGGAAUCGGCGGUGGCGGCGGGAUGCUCUUAUUGGUCAUCAUUGCUGUGCUAAUAGCUUAUAAGAGAAAAUCCAGAGAUGCUGACCGCACCCUUAAACGUCUUCAACUACAGAUGGACAACUUGGAGUCUAGAGUGGCAUUGGAAUGUAAAGAAGCUUUUGCUGAACUUCAGACAGACAUCCAUGAGCUAACACAAGAAUUAGAUGGCGCCGGAAUUCCCUUCUUGGACUAUCGGACGUAUGCCAUGAGGGUGUUGUUCCCGGGCAUUGAGGACCAUCCUGUACUCAAGGAGAUGGAGGUACGGGUCCAGGCAAAUGUAGAAAAGGCUCUGACUUUAUUUGGCCAACUGCUGACAAAGAAACACUUCCUACUGACAUUCAUUAGAACGCUCGAAGCACAAAGGUCAUUUUCAAUGCGGGACCGAGGGAAUGUGGCAUCUCUUAUCAUGACAGCCCUGCAGGGGGAGAUGGAGUACGCCACGGGAGUCUUGAAGCAGCUUUUGUCUGAUCUGAUUGACAGAAACCUGGAGAACAAAAACCAUCCCAAGUUGCUUCUCAGGAGAACGGAAUCUGUUGCUGAGAAAAUGCUGACCAACUGGUUUACAUUCCUUUUGUAUAAGUUCCUCAAGGAGUGUGCAGGGGAGCCUCUUUUCAUGCUUCACUGUGCCAUCAAGCAGCAGAUGGAGAAAGGACCAAUAGAUGCCAUCACAGGAGAGGCUCGCUAUUCUCUUAGUGAGGACAAGCUCAUCAGGCAACAGAUUGACUACAAAACGCUGACAUUGCACUGUGUGAACCCAGAGAACGAGAACGCCUCUGAGGUGACCGUUAAGUGUCUAAAUUGUGACACCGUCACUCAGGUUAAAGAGAAGCUGCUAGAUGCUGUCUAUAAAGGCAGUCCCUAUUCUCUCAGGCCUAAAGCUUCGGACAUGGACUUAGAAUGGCGUCAAGGUCGAAUGGCCCGAAUUAUUCUGCAGGAUGAAGACAUCACAACAAAAAUAGAUAAUGACUGGAAAAGACUCAACAGUCUGGCUCACUAUCAGGUUACAGAUGGCUCAGUGAUCGCACUGGUGCCAAAGCAGAACUCAGCCUAUAACAUCUCUAACUCAUCCACCUUCACCAAGAGCCUCAGCAGAUACGAGAGCAUGCUGAGAACAGCAAGUAGUCCAGACAGCCUUCGAUCACGAACACCCAUGAUCACCCCUGACCUGGAAAGUGGAACUAAAUUGUGGCAUCUGGUGAAGAACCACGACCAUUCGGACCAGAGGGAGGGCGACCGGGGCAGUAAGAUGGUGUCCGAGAUCUACCUGACCAGGCUCUUAGCUACAAAAGGCACAUUACAGAAGUUUGUGGAUGAUCUCUUUGAGACCAUAUUCAGCACAGCCCACAGAGGGAGCGCCUUGCCGCUGGCCAUUAAGUACAUGUUUGACUUCCUUGACGAGCAGGCGGACAAACACAACAUCACAGACUAUGAUGUCCGACAUACCUGGAAAAGCAACUGCCUUCCUCUACGUUUCUGGGUGAAUGUGAUCAAGAAUCCUCAAUUUGUAUUCGACAUCCAAAAGAACAGCAUCACAGAUGCUUGUCUGUCCGUAGUCGCCCAGACCUUCAUGGAUUCCUGUUCGACAUCUGAACACAAACUGGGGAAAGAUUCACCGUCUAACAAGCUUCUCUAUGCUAAAGACAUCCCAAACUACAAGAAUUGGGUGGAGAGAUAUUACGCCGAUAUCUCCCGUAUGCCAGCUAUCAGCGAUCAGGACAUGAGUGCCUACCUAGCAGAGCAGUCCCGCCUGCACCUCAGCCAGUUCAACAGCAUGUCUGCACUACAUGAGAUCUACACUUACAUCAUCAAAUACAAAGACGAGAUCCUAUCAGCGUUACAAAAAGAUGAGCAGUCCCGAAGACAGAGGCUACGUGGCAAGUUGGAGCAGGUCAUUGAUACCAUGUCUUUGGCUAGCUGAGGGCUGAACUGCUCACUUGUCUGUAACGGCCAGGCAAGAAGCCUUCUCGUAGACCGCUUUGUGCUCCCUGACAUGUGAAAUCUAAGCUUGUCAACGUUCGGACAACAAAUGACAAGUAAAGGAAACUACAAGGUCAAGGAAGAGAUGGCAAAGGAUGGAAUUAAAUAAUUACUUUUUUUUUUUAACUGAGCUGUAAACCAAGCCUGGAACAACCAAAUUGAGUACUCAACCUUUUUGACUCCUGUCCAGUUUGGUGGUUGAGUUCUAUGGACGUAAUCAGGACCAUGACCGAGGUGCAAAUUCAACAGACUUAAAUUGUGAGAAUUGAGACAAAAGAACUUGAUCCCAAUUUGGGAUUUCCCUUUCCUGUUGCCAUUUUCCAGUGUGACUCCUCAUCAGGAUGGAUACUGAGGAGGAAGAACUGGAAAAAUUCUUCCUCUGGCACUGAUUAAAAAACAAAACAAAAACAACUCCAUACCUUCCGACAAGGAGUCCUUAUAUUUAAACUGUUUGAUUUCUCAGUUUUAAUACCCCGCUUUUGGUUCGUUGACACGUUUGAUUCCAUCCCCACCAAACUGCCUCCUCUCCUUAGUGCUGUGCCACUCGUGUUUCUGCUGAAUUUGCACAACAAAGCUAAAACAAAAAAGAGCAAAGGAUAUAUGAACACAUUUAUAGCUAUAUAAAUAUACACCUUGUCGUUUGAGUUGACAGAGAUGUUUUGCAUUUUAUGUACAAAUGAUAGGUUUGACAGGAUUUGAUAUUUCUAAGUAGAAAAUGUGAAAAAAAAAAUAUCAAGGAAAAGUCGUAAUGUGCCAUGUUUUACUUUGAAUGUUGUUUAGUGCAAAGAGACUUGUUUUCUUUAGAUAAAAGUAUUCUGAAAUGUUGUCAUAAUAGUGAGACAUAAAAAUAGGUACAUGACAAAAUAGAUAUUUGAAUUGCAGAAACUUCCUAUAUCUCAUAAGGUGUUCCAUACUUUAGGCGAACACAUCAGGAAAUUUUUGAGCCAAUCAUGUACACAUAGAAUCUCCACGUCCAAAAUAGCCAAUUCAGAGCUGAAACAGAAGGUAUUGAUAGAAGCCCUAUUUGUUUAUUACCCAAAACAUACAGUAGCAGAGAUAUUCCAGAUUAACACAAUUACAGUGGGGAAAAUAAGUAUUUAGUCAAGCACUAAUUGUGCAAGUUCUUCAACUUGAAAAUA